CAAUUAAAUUAAAAAUAUGGUUUUUGUUUUUUAAGAAAUCAAGAGAACAAAAUAUUAGUUAAAUAGUGGCGCUCUUGUAACGCAUCUCAAAAAAUACUACAGAGUUGGUUGAUUUUGGUAUAAUUUAAUAUCGAAACAAAGGCCACGAUGUUUACCUUUAGAGGAGAUGGUCACCCUGCCGUGCCAUGCAAUUUUAUUGUGAAACACGGGCCACAGAAAAGCUUUUCGCGCAAAUUUUGUGAUUUAAUGCCAAAAUUCAUGUAAUUAUUUCGUGUUUUUGGCAAUCAUUCAACAUGCGGUGCUACUACGAAGAGCUCGGCCUUGCCCGUGACUCCAACGAAAGUGACAUCAAGACAGCAUACAGAAAACUAGCGCUACGCUGGCAUCCAGACAAAAAUCCCGACUGUUUGGCGGAAGCAAAGGAACGCUUUCAGCUGAUACAACAGGCGUAUGAGGUGCUCUCCGAUGCCCAAGAGCGUGCCUGGUACGAUAAUCAUCGCGAUCAGAUACUACGUGGCAAGAAUUCGGAGUACUCCGAGAAUUCUCUCGACGUCUUUCAAUAUUUUACGAGUUCCUGCUAUAAAGGCUUUGGCAACGACGAUCAGAGUUUCUAUAGCGUAUAUCGGGAUGUCUUCAACAACAUUGCAUCCGAGGAUCUGGAGUUCAUGGACAGCGACGAUGAAUUAGGCGCACCGCAAUUCGGCAAUGCGGACAGCAGCUAUGAGGAUGUUGUGGGUCCCUUCUAUGCAUACUGGAUGUCCUACAGCACCAAAAAGACUUAUGAAUGGCUUUGUCCCUAUGAUGUGCGCGAGAUCAAGGAGCGCUUUAUUCUACGCAAGGUCGAGAAGGAGAUGAAGAAGAUUGUGCAGGCUGCACGCAAGGAACGCAACGAGGAGGUGCGCAACUUGGUGUCGUUUGUGCGUAAGCGAGAUCGUCGACUUCAAGCCUACAGACGUGUCCUAGAGGAACGUGCUGAGGCAAAUCGCCUUAAACAGGAGGAGCAACGCAAGCAGCAUCUACGCGAACGUCAAGAGCAAUUGGCGGCGGUGCGUGCUAACAAAGUAGCCAACGAUGGCUACGAAGAGCAACUGCGGCAGCUGGAGCAGCAAUAUGGAAGCGACUCCGACAUCUAUACGGACGAAGAAGAGGAGGACGAAGAGGAUGACGCUGAUCAUCAGGAGGAAGACGAUGAGGAGGACGCUGAGUUGGACGAAUUGGAGUAUGUUGACGAUCUCUAUUGCGUGGCAUGCAACAAGUCAUUUAAGAAUGCCGGAGCACGCAGCAACCACGAGGAGAGCAAAAAGCAUCGCGAAAACGUAGAACGUUUGCGACAAGAAAUGGAGAGCGAGGAACAGGAGUUCAACGAGCACAACGAGAGCCUGAAUGCAACCGAGGAAACUCUGGCGGAGUUGAAGCUUAAUGGCAGCCACGAAACGGCUGACAGCGAGUUGGAGGAAGAACUGAUCGAGCAGCAGCAAAGCAAGCGCAACAAGAAGAACAAAAAGUCAAAGAAGACAGCACCGAAAGCUGUAGCUGUGCACAGCGACGAUGAUGAGGAGGUGGAGGCGCCCCCUGCAGAUUUCAAUCCAGCUGCCAGCAACUCAGACGACGCUGAAGACGACGAUUGGAGUCGCGGCAAGAAGGCGACCAAAAAGACAAGAGCCAAAAAUAAGACAACAAAUGGCAAACAAAAAGUCGAAGCGGAAGCGAAGCCAGCAGUGGAAGCUAAGUCCAAGAUAGCAGCAACAUUGCCCACGAAGAAUAGCAGAGACAAGGAUGAUGGUGAUGAUGAAGAUGCACCAACAACUGUGCAACACACUUGCGUCACCUGCAAACUGGUGUUUGACUCAAAGAACAAACUGUUUGCGCAUCUGAAGAAGACAAAUCACGGCGUCUACAUACCCAAGUCCAAGCCGGAAGUGGAGGGCAAACCGCCUGGCAAAGGAAAAGGCAGGCGGAAGUAAAUUGUCACAGAAGGUUGCUCUCUAGUUAGAUAGAAAAGAUGUAUAGUUGUUUAUUUAUGUUAAAUUCGAAAUUAAAUUAAGUGCAAAAUGCCCAAUUAAA